CCCGAGCGCCCAGCUUCUAGUCGGGUCUGUGGUUCCCGCGGGAGCAGACUGUGUGUGGUCUGACGCAUGGAGGUCGGCAGCGGUCAGGAGGGCUCUCUGGGGCGCACCGUGUGCGUGCUGACCGGGGCUUCCCGGGGCUUCGGCCGCACGCUGGCCCUGCUCCUGGCCCCGCUGCUGUCGCCCGGCUCCGUGCUGGUCCUAAACGCCCGCAACGACGAGGCACUGCGACAGCUGGAGGCCCAGCUGGGCGCUGAGCGGCCCGGCCUGCUUGUGGUGCGGGUUCCCGGCGACCUGGGUGCCCAGGACGGCUUGCAGAGGCUUCUCGGCGCCCUGCGCGAGCUCCCCAGGCCAGAGGGGCUGCAGCGAGUGCUGCUAAUCAACAACGCAGGCACUCUUGGGGAUGUGUCCAGAGGCUUCGUGGACCUGGCUGACCCAGCUGAAGUGAACAGCUACUGGUAUCUGAACUUGACCUCGAUGCUCUGCCUGACUUCCACCAUCCUGAAGGCCUUCCCAGAGAGCCCUGGCCUCAGCAGGACGGUGGUUAACAUCUCGUCCCUCUGUGCUGUGAAACCCUUCAAGGGCUGGACACUGUACUGUGCAGGCAAGGCUGCCCGUGACAUGAUGUACCAGGUCCUGGCCUCAGAGGAACCUAGCGUGAGGGUGCUGAGCUAUGCCCCAGGGCCCCUGGACACAGACAUGCAGCAGGUGGCCCGGGAAACCUCCUAUGACCCAGACUUGCGAAAAAUGCUACAGGAUCUGAAGACAAAGGGGGAGCUGUUGGAUUGUAAGACAUCAGCCCAGAAACUGUUAAACUUGCUGCAAACAGACAUGUUCAAGUCUGGAGCCCAUCUUGACUUCUACGAGAAAUAAGCAUACAUCCUUGGCUUUCUGGGGCUUUCUUUUCCCUCUCGCAGGCAUACCUAGGAGCUUUGCACCUCCCACAUCCUUUCACAGUGGCACCGCCAACCCUGCUUUCCACAUAUAAGCGCUGAUACUUACUGUCCUGCUCUCGGGCCCAGCCAUCUGUGAGGGCCUCAGGUCACUGGAGUGCCCAGCUCAGGAAUCUAUGUUGAGCACCUGAGUUAGGAGGAGGCUUGGGAGAGAAAAGUUACGAUGUUGGUGUUCCUUCUACAGGAAUAGAAUUUUAAAGAUGGGAAAAGGAAGACAAGCAGCUAAAACACCAAAGAGGGGUUUGGGUCUCCUGCCCAUGGGGAGAGGGGAGCUCAGCUUUGUCAAAUAGGAGGGCCCAGUAGAUGCACAGAUGGCUUGGCAGGGAGGAAGGACAGCACAAGUUCUGACGCACAGGGAUGCCCCUUACUCAGGGUAGCAGGACCUUCAGUUGAGCUUUUUGACCUCAUUCUAAUGCUUUGAAAUCAUUCUAAUGCUUUCUCCCUCCAGAACCUACCCUUUGCCCCCCAGAUGGGGGAGAAGAGGCCCCUAAGAGUUUUUGUACAUGUCAAAGGCAGAUGCAAAUAAAGUGUGGGUUGUCCUUUA